UAUAUAUGUGUGUGAUUUAAGUGUAAGAUGCAUUCAUACAUCACUAGCUAACUUGUAUGCAAAAAAUAGAGUGAUUUUAAAAAAAUGGCAGAAAAGAAACUGUACGAUGCUGCAAGAAUUGGAGAUGUAGCAACACUCCAACAACUCCUCCAAACAAAUCAACAUCUUCUUGAUGUAGUCUCAUUCCCAUGUCUCAAAAACGUGUUGCACAUUGCAAUAAAGCAUGGGAAAGAGAGCAUUGUGGAAGAGGUGCUGAAGAUCAACCCGGAGCUCGCUCUCGAGCUUGACUCCAAGAACUCGUCGUCCCUCCACCUCGCAGCUGCAAGAGGCAAUGUGGUGAUCGCGAAGAGAUUGCUAGCGAUAGCCCCGGAGAUGUGCUGGUGGCAAGACGCCAAGAUAUGAACCCGCUUCAUGUUGCGGCCAUGAAGGGGAAUGAGGCGGUGCUGAAGGAGAUGCUUCAGCUGGACAUUCUUCCGGCCACGGUGAGGCUGCAUCGCGGACAGACUGUAUUGCACUUGUGCGUGAAACAUCGCCAGCUUGGGACGUUGACGGUUUUGGUGGAUAAGUUGGGAGACCUAGUGAGUGCAAAGGAUGAUGAUGGAGAGACAUUGUUGCAUUUUGCAGUGAGGGCUAAUCAACUUGAGAUUGUAGAAUACUUGAAGAGAAGUUUCAAACUAGAAAAGCUGACAAAGAAUUCAAAUGGCAAAACAGCACUGGAUAUCUUUGAGGAGAGCCCUCGAGACCGAAAAAUGAAAAAAAUCCUGGAAAAAUUUUCCAAUCUGUCCAUAUUCCAAAACUUCCAGAGGCACAGCGAGAUGACGAUGGUGGCGGCCGUCCUGAUAGCAACCAUGGCGUUCCAAGGGGCCGUCAGCCCCCCUGGCGGCGUGUGGGAAGACGACGGAACUGAUGAAGAGACCGGCCGUUAUCACAAAGCCGGCUUUGCCGUUAUGGCUACUAAGCAUCCCAAGACAUACAAAAAUUUCGUCAUUGCUAACAUUGUGUCGUUCAUUUCGUCCACCAUCGCCAUCUUGUUGCUCUCCACGGCUGGCGCGUCGGACCAUUCGAGGUUCGUGAAGCUCGCGUCGGUUGCGGAGUGGGUGUCGAUGGGGGCCAUCGCAAUUACCUAUGGAGCUUCCUUUGUCAUGACCAAUCCUAAUAUGGUAGAAUUCGGAUUUAACAACGUUGUUUUUAUAACAACGGGUAUAUUCGUUCCGGUCAUAGCGGCAAUCUUUUUUUUCGGCACUAAGGGAAUGAAGAGAAAACUUGUCAAGAGGGCCAAGCUGAUAGGGACUCCACAUCACGCAUGAGCCAACCGCCAUCACCAAGUCCGACGAGCAGCUCCGCCAUGUCGGACGACACGGAAGAAGACUUGCCACGCAAGGAAGUCGAGAAGAAGAGUGGAAGGAAAGGAAGGCCCAAAAGGGAAGCUUCCAAUCCAGCCGAUACAGAGGCUAUGUAUCACACUAAUAAAGGAAGAGAAUAUCUAGUUUAGUUAAUUAUUAUUGUUUCUUUAUUUUGAACGAUAUCUUUUAUGUUUAGAAUAGAUUUGUGUCAAUCUUCUUGGGUUUUCUUCUUGAUUCUUUCCCGAGUCGUAAGUCCGAAUCAAGUAGGGGGGAUUCUAUAUAUUAUAGAAUUCUCAUAGAUUGAGUCUUGAGAA